GUAGUUGGGCCGGUACAUUAAAUUCACUCAUCAUCAUCAUCAGGUCGAUAUACCAGGAAAAGGUGGCUGUAAAGAGCUUAAGAGGCCAUUUUGGAUAUUUACAGUUAACAACUCAUGUGACCCCUGACCCCAGAGAUGGACCCGCGUGCUCAGGACGUCUUACUGUGUGACCUCUGUGAAACUGACCCCCUACAAUAUGGCUGUGAACAUUGUGAUAUAAAUCUUUGUACUGACUGUGUCCGCAAACAUAUCUCAGAUUCCUCCAAAAAACACGAUAUCGUACCCUAUCAUUUACACAGAAAGUUUACUCCUAAAUACUCAAAAUGUGUGAAACACGCCAACAAAGAUUGCGAAAUUUAUUGUGAAAAAUGUGACAUUCCUGUUUGUGUUACCUGCAUCUCCUCAAGUAAGCACAAAGGUCACAAUAUAUCAGAUAUUCUCGAAAAACUCGGCUUUAAAAAACAGCGUAUACAGAAAGAUUUAGAACAACUUGAGAACAGAAUUUAUCCCCGAUAUGAAGAAAUUUCCUCCGAUGUCCAAAUAGAGAAAGCCAAAGUAGAAACGAAUUACGGGAAACUUGCCACAGCUGCUGACCAACAAGGAGAAGUCUUGCAUCGCGAGGUCACCGCCACUGUCAACAAACGGAAAGCAGACAUUGCGGAAAUGAAAACUAAACAUCUUGCUGUAUUAGAGCAGCACACAGGCGAAAUCACGCACAGAAUGACUGAAAUCAAACAGGUCAUUCUAGAAAUGAAAAAUAUUCUGGACACUGAUGAUAUAUCAUCCUUAACAUCAACUUACAAAUCUAGAAAUGAUGAAUUCAAUAAACUGCCUCCUAAAAUCAUAGUUACAUUACCAAUCUUAUCUACGCCAACAAUUAGCACAGAAAAAGUUACCGAGAUGUUUGGUUCAUUAACUUCAUUAUCCGUUACAACAGCCAGAUCUUUGCUCGCUGAACCGCUACUCACCGCCACCAUUGACACUGGGUAUGACAGACUACGCAGUGUUAGUUGUCUCAAUGAGGAACAAGUCUGGACACAGGGGGAAGACAAAAUCAUGAAGCUCCUCAACCUCAAGGGUGAACUACUGACAUCAAUACAAACCAAGUCGGGGAACGAACCAGAUGAUAUAGCAGUGACACGGGACGGAAAUCUUGUUUAUACUGAUUGUGAUGAUGAAACUGUAAACCUAGUGAAGAAUAAAAAGAUACGGACCGUGAUCACACUGCAGGGGUGGGUACCUCUUAAUGUUUGCUGUACCUCCUCUGAUGACCUCCUGGUUACCAUGAUCAGUGAUGACUGGACACAAUCCAAAGUUGUGCGUUACUCUGGCUCCACAGAGAAACAAACCAUCCAGUUUGAUGAUCAGGGUCGUCCUCUCUAUUCAUCUGGUUAUAAUGAUAAAUACAUCAGCGAGAACAGAAACCUGGAUAUAUGUGUGGCUGACGGUGGAGCUAGUUCAGUAGUGGUGGUCAAUCAGUCAGGAAAACUCCGCUUUAGAUACACUGGUCAUCCCUCUAAUACCGAGGAAUCAUUUAAUCCAGCCGGCAUCACUACAGACAGCCAGAGUCACAUCCUGACAGCGGACUUUCACAAUCACCGUAUCCACAUCCUAGAUCAGGACGGACAGUUUAUCCGUUACAUUCAGAAUUUAUUCUUUUCAUGGGGUUUAUGUGUGGACAUCAACGACAACCUCUUUGUGGCUGAGAUUAACAAUGCUAAAGUGAAGAAAAUCCAAUAUCUAUAAACACAGUGUUAGUUGCACCUAUCACCACGGUGUACAUUACACUUCUACAAAGUUCUGUAUUGAUUACGGUAAUAAACACCAUGUUGAUUACAGUCCUAUGUUGAUUACAGAUGUGUUAAUUACACCGGUGCUUGUAAUUUGGAAUUUAUGUGUGUAUUGACCGAAAAUGUGUGUUAGAUUAUGUGUCUGAUUGAACAUUAUUUCGUUUGUUAGUUUGUUAUCUCUAUUAUGUUUAAAUAUGUAUACAUACAA